AUGGAUGGGGAUAAUUGCACUGCAGUGGUUGAGUUCAUUUUCAUAGGACUCACAGAUAGAUCAGAUCUUCAGUUCAUCCUCUUCAUAUUCUUCUUGCUGAUCUAUGUUUUCACGGUGCUAGGAAAUGUUGGGCUCAUUUUAGUAGUGAGGACAGAUGCCCGUCUUCAGACACCAAUGUAUUUCUUUCUCAGCAACCUCUCCUUCCUUGAUAUGUGCUAUUCCACCACCAUCACCCCCAAGAUGCUAGUCAGCUUCUUUGCCCUUAGAAAAACCAUCUCAUACAUUGGCUGUAUCACUCAAUUGUAUUUUUAUGCUGGUCUGGCAACUACAGAAUGUUACCUCUUAGCCAUGAUGGCCUCUGAUCGCUAUGUGGCCAUUUGUAACCCAUUGUUGUAUACUGUCGUCGUGUCUCGAAGAGUAUGUAUUUUUCUAGUCUUUGUUUCUUAUGUGCUUGGGUUUCUGAACUCAACAAUACACACAGCUUUUAGUACAAGAUUUUUAUUUGGUAACUACAAUGUCAUCAACCACUUUUUCUGUGAUGGACCACCAUUGAUGAAAUUGACCUGUUCUGAUACGAGCCUCAACCAGAUCUUGAUUUUUGCUUUUGCUGGAUUUAAUGAAGUCACCACCACAUCCAUAGUCCUUAUAUCUUACUGUUGCAUCCUCUCGAACAUUUUCAGGGUGCGUUCUAAUGAAGGCAAGUGCAAAGUCUUCUCCACCUGCACCUCACAUCUGACUGCUGUCAGUUUGUUCUAUGGGACUCUCCUCUUCAUGUAUUUGCGGCCCAGCUCCAGCUACUCUUUGGAGCAGGAUAAAAUAGUUGCAGUAUUCUACACAGUGGUUAUCCCUUUUUUGAAUCCCCUGAUCUAUAGCUUGAGGAACAAGGAUGUGAAGGAUGCCUUGAGGAGGAUCAUGGAGGAGCUAGAGGGAAAUAGGCUCGGAGCUCCAACAUCCACGUAUGCUCCCCAUGCCAUCUUGGAGAGGACUGAGGUCUGCCAGCGUCAGCCCGAGCUGCACGGCCGAAGCUCCGCCCCGCACAGGCCGAUCAGCCAAUGA